GGACAGAAUGCAUGCAUGGCACCAGCAUAGAGACCAACACCAUUGCUCCUGCGCAGGCGCCCUGGAACACUUCUGCCGCCAGAAGAAUGGCUUUCCAAGCUGCACGAGCUGCUCUUCAGCGGAAACUUCAGCUUCCAUGCAUGUGCCGGCCUCUGCAAACUCUUGCGAGUCCAACUUCCGUUGAAUGUGGCUUCUCAGCAGCCCCAUCUGAAGCGCGGGGUGGUGGUCAUGAAGACCUUAAGCAGGGACAGGCUGCUGAAUUGCUUCAAAGAGAUCUUCCAGAAACUUCAGGGCGGUCGCAAUCAGGAGGCUACCGCCACCAACGAUGUGGGGCAGAUGCUGACUUUCAGAAGAUGCUCUCAAUUGGUGGGAGGAGACGGUUGAUGACCAUGGCGCGUGUUGAGGACUUCAAUGUGCUGUCAGGGGCAGCAGAGGCUGGUCAGCGAGUGAACAUAGACGCUUACGACGAGACGGGAUUCGUGGUGGACGGGGUAGACAUCCGUGGCGCCAUUGUCUGCUUCGGCAACUCGACCUUCCGGUGGAACGUCAGCAGCAUUGCUGACGUCACCCCCGACAGCCUGGCAAUUUUCGAAGCCAUCCGGCCAGCUCCAGAGUUGCUAGUCCUCGGAUGCGGCUCCCACAUGGUCCCGGUCAGCAAGGAGGUACGGAGCUUCUUGCGCAAACACGGCAUCGGGCUGGAGCCCGAGUCGACGGCAAACGCGGCAGGCACUUUCAAUGUCCUGAAUGAAGAGGGUAGGAAAGUCGCAGCGGCACUGCUGCCGGCCACGGAGAUUAGAUGAUAUCCGACGGUGGACCGACAAUCGCACGACAGCCAUUUAGCGCAACUUAGGUUGGUGUGAACCGAGCGCAGUAAAAAGCAAUCAAUCGACUACGCUGCAAGAAUGCCCGCUUGUUCAACUAUGGUGUAGAGCAACUCUUGAGAGGCCGCGGGGUUUCGGGGUUUCGAGCCUCUGUGUCGCGCAAUUUGGGACGGGUUCGACCUUGAUUCCUUUGACAGCUAGCUGCACGGUUAACGACUCCGACAAUUAAAAUUGCAGACGAGCAAGCAGCUAGCAUGCCAUAAUAUCAAAUAGGAGGGCCAGCAGUCCCCAUGUCAUCGCCGUCAGCUGUUUCUGCUGAUUCGAUUUGCCCU